CAGGCGACACGAUCACACGAGUCGCUCGGCGGCGCGAGGGGCGCCGCCAUCUGGCAGCUUCUUCCAACAAUUCCAGCGCUCCGGCCGUAGCGAUCGAACGCCGCCCCAGAAAAAAUCCCCUCAAAAAAGGGGAAAAUAACACACAACAUGAACUGCUUGAAGAACUCGCGCUCCGUCCUCUCGCGACUCCUCUGCCACAGGCCCCACGUAGCCGUGCCGCCGACGCCGGCGCCGCAGUCACCGGCCUCGCGUUACUACUACUACUACGCCUCCCGCGUCCUCCGCAACAAGCCAGCCGUCUCCCGACCGGCUCCGCCACCGCUGCCGCCGCCGCAGUUGCCGAGACCUAGGCACUACUACACAUCCCCGCGGCGGCAGGAGGUCAUCCACUUCAGCCGCCGCCGCGGCGGGUCCCGGUGGUACCACGACCAGCGGAAGCUCACGGCGGCGGUCCUCGUCACCGGGGGCGUGGCGGUCGUCUUCUACUUCGGCCAUCUGGAGACCGUGCCCUACACCAACCGCUCCCACCUCGUCGUCCUCUCGCCGAGGCUCGAGCGCCAGCUCGGCGAGACCCAGUUCGCCCAGCUCAAGAAGGAGUUCGGCCCCAAGAUCCUGCCCCCGCUCCACCCUGACAGCAUCCGCGUCCGCCUCAUCGCCUCGGAGAUCGUCCGCGCCGUCCACCGUGGCGUCUCCGGCCACCAGCGCUACGGCGCUGCCUACGGAGAGGAUGCCUCAUAUGGGUAUGGCGGCAUCGCCGACGACCUCACCAUCAAGAACCGCGACGCCGACGCUACUGCAGCGAUGUUUGGUGCUUCCCCUGACAAGAACGCGAGCGCUGCCGCGGCCGCUCAGCGAGACGACGAGGUUCUGGAUGACAGGUGGGUGACCGAGAGCCGGAGCCGUGGUAAGGCACGCGGGGCGCAGCCGCAGACGGGUCACCUGGAUGGGCUUAAUUGGGAGGUGAUUGUUGUCAAAGAUGACAUCGUCAAUGCAUUUUGCCUGCCCGGUGGCAAGAUUGUAAUCUUCACUGGAUUGCUUGACAAAUUCAGGGCCGAUGCUGAGGUUGCCACUGUGCUUGGGCAUGAGGUUGGGCAUGCUAUUGCAAGGCACGCCGCUGAGCAGAUCACUAAGAACCUCUGGGUGGCAAUCCUGCAGAUUGUCAUCCUGCAGUUUAUUUACAUGCCAGACUUGAUAAAUACAGUGUCAACACUCCUCCUCAGGCUACCCUUCUCACGAAGAAUGGAGAUAGAGGCUGACCACAUUGGGCUCCUGCUGCUCGCUGCUGCUGGUUACGAUCCGCGUGUUGCCCCAUCGAUCUAUGAGAAACUAGGAAAGAUCGGAGGAGAUUCAGCAUUGAAUAACUACCUCUCGACUCAUCCGUCCAGCAAGAAGAGAGCGCAGCUUCUGUCGCGAGCCAGUGUCAUGAACGAGGCACUGGAACUGUACAGGGAGGUUAGUGCCGGCCAAGGCACUGAAGGUUUCCUCUAGAUUCUCGUAAUUGCUCCUCUGCUUGUUUCAAACGCCUCACAAAGCUGCACUAGUGACGACCUGUGCAUUGGGCGUUCUCAGUGGUUCAGAUUCCUGGAAGAUUAGACUGUACUCUUGCUCCUCGUAAUUUCCAGUCGUUGUGAGGCCGAACGGGCCCUCGUCGUUCCCCAAGCAGAAGCGUAGCUGCUUUUCAUUUGUGAUUAGGAGAAAUAAAUAAAGCAGUCCAUAUUGUUAAUAAUUGUUAGUUGACAGCCGCUUCUGUUUCCAGUGUGGUUUUGGUCCGUUCAUGCUGAUGGGGCGAUGGCUGAACCGGGAAAUGAUUGGUUUUCAGCAAAGGAUCAUCACACAUCGUUCUCUUGGUUUCUGGAUGUGCCUAUGUACUUGUGUA